GUAAUUUGGAAUAAAUAAAUAAAUAAAUAGUGAAACCAGAAACGAUUUUCCCGUUUAUGCGAGGGAGGGAGAGGCCAUUCUCAUUGUCAGACCUCAAACAAACAAACAAACAAUCAAACAAUCAAUCAUCCCACCCAAAAUGAUAUUGCAUUCUCCACACUUGGCGGCCGUCGUCCUUCUCUUCCUCGCGUUUGCCGCGGCCGCCGAGGAUGAUUCCUGCAAUCACACCGUGCAAUUGGUCAAGGUCAAGAACUGGGUUGAUGGCAAGGAAGGUGACAUGUUCAAUGCCAUGUCUGCAACAUUUGGCUCUUAUUUGCCUCAGAAACCCGACCAAACUGUCACCGCUCCUGCCCUUUUUCCUAAUCCUACAGACUGCUGUUCCCCUUCAACUUCAAAGUUAUCAGGAUCAGUUGCUCUUUGUCAACGGGGUACUUGUGACUUCACAGCUAAAGCUGCAUCCGUGCAGUCAGGAGGUGCUACUGCCAUGAUCAUGAUAAAUGAGUCAGAAGAUUUAUUUGAGAUGGAGUGCUCCAACACCACUAGGGAAAAUAUUUCAAUUCCAGUUGUCAUGAUAACAAAGUCAGCGGGAGAAGCUUUCAACAAUUUUUUCAAGUCUGGAACGAGAGUGCAAGUUUUGCUAUAUGCUCCAACACGCCCAGUUGUAGACUUCUCAGUUGCAUUUUUGUGGUUCAUGGCUGUUGGAACAGUUAUAUGCGCUUCACUAUGGUCAGAUAUAACUGCUGCUCCUGAUCAUUUUGAUUCUCCUAAGGGAUCUUCCAGGGAUGAAACAGUGAAAGAUGAUUCUGAUAAUGAAAUUAUCAACAUAGAUGUAAAGGGUGCCAUCAUCUUUGUCAUUACGGCAUCCACUUUCCUUGUGCUACUGUUCUUCUUCAUGUCAUCUUGGUUUAUUUGGGUGCUCAUUAUACUUUUCUGCAUUGGCGGUGUUGAGGGGAUGCACAAUUGUAUUGUAGGCCUCACUUUAAGAAAAUGUCCAAAUUGUGGUCAGAAGACAGUGAAUUUUCCUUUGUUUGGAGAGGUUUCUGUUUUCUCACUAGCUGUGUUAAUAUUUUGUUUGGCAUUUGCCGUAAUAUGGGCUGCUACUCGGAAGGGAUCAUUUUCAUGGUUUGGCCAAGAUGUUCUUGGCAUCUGUUUGAUGAUAACAGUCUUGCAAUUGGCUCGAUUGCCUAAUAUUAAGGUUGCAACUGUACUCCUUUGUUGUGCAUUUGUAUAUGAUAUAUUUUGGGUAUUCAUAUCUCCAGUGAUAUUCCAAAAGAGUGUAAUGAUCACGGUUGCUCGCGGUGACAAGGCUGGUGGUGAAGCAAUUCCUAUGCUUUUGAGAUUUCCCCGUCCUUCUGAUCCUUGGGGUGGCUAUGAUAUGAUUGGAUUUGGAGAUAUUCUCUUUCCUGGUUUACUUGUUUCCUUUACUCGUAGAUUCGACAAAGAUAACGACAAGGGGGUCUUAAACGGUUAUUUUCUUUACUUGGUAAUUGGCUAUGGCAUCGGCCUCUGCUUCACAUAUUUGGGGCUAUAUAUGAUGAACGGUCAUGGACAACCUGCCCUGCUCUACCUUGUUCCAUGUACACUAGGAGUUGCUGUGAUAUUGGGAUGCAUAAGAGGGGAGUUGAAGAAACUUUGGGGUUAUAACGAAGACCCGUCAUCCAGUCCUGAAGUUUAAAUCAGUAAGCUGUUCAAAACAAUUGGGGAAUGAUCUUAGAUACAUCAACACAAUGCUUUGGAAAGAUAGCAGGUGUACAGGCGACUCUCCUUGGGCCUCCAUGAUUAUUUCCAUAGUGUGCGUUUGAUUUGUAAUUUGCAUGUGUUCCAUAGUUUGCAUCGAGAAGCAUGUAAUUUCUGGAUAAAGGGACAUUUGGGGGUCCUUCAACAGAAAAACAAAUACACUAAGUUCUUGCAAAAGUUAUAUGGUUCCGUGCAACAUUUUUUUUAAUAAUUAAUAGCCACGAUUUUGAAAGGGUUGCCAGGAGAAUCGGUUAUUUAGGUUUGGGGAAAAUACUCCAAACAAUCCUCUUUGUGUAUUCAUCAGCACCCCACUCUUUCUUUGUCUA